AAGCUGACGCCAUGGAGAAAGGGAGGUGGAGUUCUGAAGAUGCUCCCAGAGCCUCCAUGCCUGACGAACUGUCUCAUCCUAAGUUUUCGGAAUGGAAGUUUAAGCUCUUUCGGGUCAGGUCCAUGGAGAAGGCCCCUGUGCAAAAUGAAACACCGGUGGAGAAGGAAAACCAGCCUGAGCUGGCAAUGGAGAAGACAAGCUCUCAAGGCAGUGUUAUGAAGCUCUGUUUUGGAGGGAAGAGCAAAGAAAAUGUGGAGAGUGCUCGAGGGAGAGUGGACCUUAAGCUACAGGAGAUAGAUACACACAUGAAUCUUCUCAAAAACAUGUGCCGCCUUUGUGGCAUUGCAAUACAGAAGGCUAAAGGUCCAUCACAUGAAGUUCAGGGAGUUUUGGAGGAGUCAAGCAGAUGUGCCUUACGCAGGAUGGGCUGCAAGCUGGUGACCUGGCCGGAGGUGAUCUUGAAGGUCUUCAAGGUGGAUGUGACAACCGACAUGGAGACGGUUCAUCCGUCUUUGUUUUGUCACAGGUGCUGGACUGCUACCAUAAGGGGAGGGGGUUUCUGUUCCUUCACCAAUACCCGAAUCCCAGACUGGAAGCCCCACACCUCUCAAUGCAACCUUUGCUUCCCUAAAAAGAGUUCUUUUCAGCGAGUAGGAAGGAAGCGGACUAAACCACUUAAAAAUGCACACAUCCUUCCUAAGCGAUUCAGGCGGGACUCAUCAGAAUCCUCAAGAGUGUGGAGACAGACCACAGAGAAUCCAGAUGGCAAAGAAUGGUUAAAACUAUCAGUUCAGAGAGGACAGUGGGUAAAGAGUAUCACACAGUGCCAGAGAGACCAUCUGAGCACUAAGCUCAUUCCCACUGAAGUCCCAGCAGACAUGAUACGUGCAGUUACUUGCCAAGUGUGUGAUCACCUGCUUUCUGACCCCGUCCAGUCACCAUGUCGACACCUGUUCUGUCGGCUAUGCAUUAUAAGGUACAGUCAUGCUUUGGGCCCGAACUGUCCCACCUGUAACCAACACCUGAACCCAUCCCACCUGACCAAGCCAGCCAAGUUCUUUCUUGCAACCCUCAGCUCUCUUCCCCUGCUCUGCCCCAGUGAAGAAUGUAGUGACUGGGUCCGAUUGGACGCCUUCAGGGAACACUGCCUCACCCAUUACCGUGAAAAAGAGUCCCAGGAAGAACAAACCCCUUUAGAGCAGAACCUUGAUGGUUACUUACCAGUCAACAAAGGUGGGCGUCCUCGACAGCACCUGUUGUCACUGACCCGUCGGGCUCAAAAACACAGACUACGAGACUUAAAGAACCAGGUGAAGACAUUUGCCGAAAAGGAAGAAGGAGGGGAUGUGAAGUCUGUGUGUUUGACGCUCUUCCUUCUGGCAUUGAGAGCUGGGAAUGAACACAAACAAGCAGAUGAACUGGAAGCAAUGAUGCAAGGCAGAGGAUUUGGUCUGCAUCCUGCAGUGUGUUUGGCUAUAAGGGUCAACACCUUCCUCAGUUGCAGUCAGUAUCACAAGAUGUACCGCACUGUGAAAGCCACUAGUGGCCGCCAGAUAUUCCAGCCCCUGCACACUCUGCGUAAUGCAGAGAAAGAGCUUCUCCCUGGGUUCCACCAAUUUGAGUGGCAGCCUGCUUUGAAGAACGUUUCCACCUCCUGGGAUGUGGGCAUUAUUGAUGGCCUCUCUGGUUGGACAGUCUCUGUUGAUGAUGUCCCAGCAGACACCAUCUCCAGACGAUUCCGUUAUGAUGUGGCAUUGGUUUCUGCAUUAAAAGACCUAGAGGAGGACAUAAUGGAAGGACUGAGAGAGAGGGCGCUGGAUGACAGCAUGUGCACUUCUGGCUUUACCGUGGUGAUCAAAGAAUCAUGUGAUGGUAUGGGAGACGUCAGCGAGAAGCAUGGAUCUGGUCCCGCAGUUCCUGAGAAGGCAGUAAGGUUUUCCUUCACAAUUAUGUCCAUCUCUAUUCGACUUGAAGGUGAGGAUGAUGGCAUCACCAUCUUCCAGGAACAAAAGCCCAACUCUGAACUCUCCUGUAGACCUCUGUGUCUCAUGUUUGUGGACGAGUCUGACCACGAGACCCUGACAGCCAUCUUGGGACCUGUGGUAGCAGAACGGAAAGCUAUGAUGGAAAGUCGGCUCAUCAUUUCUAUUGGUGGUCUGCUACGCUCUUUUAGGUUCUUCUUCCGGGGCACAGGCUAUGAUGAGAAGAUGGUCCGUGAAAUGGAAGGCCUGGAAGCAUCGGGCUCUACUUAUAUAUGCACACUUUGUGACUCAACACGUGCUGAAGCCUCUCAAAACAUGGUGCUGCAUUCCAUCACACGCAGCCAUGAUGAAAAUCUCGAGCGCUAUGAGAUCUGGAGGAAAAAUCCCUUCUCUGAGUCCGCCGACGAACUGCGCGACCGAGUCAAAGGUGUUUCUGCUAAGCCUUUCAUGGAGACCCAGCCUACUCUGGAUGCCCUGCACUGUGACAUCGGCAAUGCGACUGAAUUCUACAAAAUCUUUCAGGAUGAGAUUGGAGAAGUCUACCAGAAGGCCAAUCCGAGUCGAGAGGAACGCCGUCGUUGGCGGUCAACCCUGGACAAGCAGCUAAGAAACAAAAUGAAACUCAAGCCUGUGAUGAGGAUGAAUGGAAACUACGCUCGUCGGCUGAUGACACGUGAAGCUGUGGAGGCUGUCUGUGAGCUGGUUCCUUCUGAGGAACGGCGUGAGGCUCUGUUGAAACUGAUGGACCUCUACUUGCAGAUGAAGCCUGUAUGGCGGUCAACUUGUCCCUCCAGAGACUGCCCCGACCAACUCUGUCAAUACAGCUACAACUCUCAGCAAUUUGCUGACCUUCUAUCCUCCAUGUUUAAGUAUCGAUAUGAUGGAAAAAUCACCAACUACCUCCACAAGACUUUGGCCCAUGUUCCUGAGAUCGUUGAAAGAGACGGAUCUAUCGGAGCAUGGGCUAGUGAAGGGAAUGAAUCUGGGAACAAGCUCUUCAGGCGUUUUCGAAAGAUGAAUGCAAGGCAGUCCAAAACAUUUGAGCUUGAAGAUAUAUUGAAACACCACUGGCUGUACACUUCCAAGUAUCUUCAGAAGUUCAUGGAGGCUCACAAGAAUUCGGUAAAAGCAAUGCAAGCCACAUUCAACCCUGAAGAGACUCCAGAAGAACCUGAUAACAGUCUUGAUGUUCCAGAUUUUUGAGUUUAUCUUUGAUUGACUUUCUUUAAUGGACCCUUUUUCUUGCUAAUGAAAAUAUUGUUAAGUAAUUGAUUUCAUUUCUUGAGAUGAGAUGUAAUAUCACAUCUAAUGACUUUAUUAUUCACCUCAUUAUUUUUUGACGCUAGUGCAUAAACGUGAGCUAAAUUGUUUUAUGGCGGAGAUAAAAUUGUAUGGGCAGAGUUUUUUUUCCCCCCAGCUUUUACAGGCAAAUUGACUUGAUUUUAUCACUUGCUGCUUGUGAAAUAUGAGGGAUUUUAUUGUAUUGCCAGGUUGUGACACCUUCACGAAUUCGCGCAGAAGGGUUAUUUAUGAAAACGUACAAGGGAGUUGUAAGUCACUGAAAUUAUAUUAAAGGAGCCCCACGUUUAUGAUGGCUAUAUUAAUAUUUCACACAGGACAGAGACAAAGUGAAAUUAGGAAACGCUAAAUUUGCAGGAGGUUUAGAGGAAAGGGGGUUAUUUUAGCAAUGCAUUAUUUUGAUGGUGCUCAAAUGGUCAACAAAUGACUGAACGCAAAUAGACACUAUGCAACAGCAUUUGCACAUUUAUGUACAUCACCCCAUAAUCUACCUCAGUCUUACAGGUCCCAUAGGACAUCUGCACAUAUGUGCUGUUCACACAAACAAAGAUUUAAAUAUGUUUUAAGAAAUGGCCUUGUCUUUUACACAAUAACACCUGCUGACUAUUGUCAGAAUUUCUUUCUUGUGGUGUUAAAGUGAAGAGAUAUGUGCUCUAUUCACAUCAAACUUGUACCUCAAUUUAUUAUUUAAUACAUUGUUAAUUGUGCUCUAUUAAACAAAUGUAUUUCUUUGUGAAUUGGUUUUGCUGAUUUCUUUAUCUUGAUUUUAAUGUUUUCCUUAUGUAUUCCUUUGUUCCAAGUAACAUUACAUUACUUGGUUGGGAUUUUUGUUUAAAAUAAAUUCAUUAGUGUGGUUAAAACCUGUUUUAAUUGCUUGAUGUACUUUUUAAUUCCAAAUAAACACUGCUCUUAAUUAUAAACAUAAUUGUUUUAUAGACUUGCACAAAAGCACUGAUAAAGUU